CCAGUCGCAUUCUACUGGAUUGCAUUCCCAACAGUUGUAAGUGCAACUGCCGAGUGUUAACAUGGGCGCUAUAUCCACGCGUUUAAUUUACAUAGCAAUUUUCUUAGUAAUCGCCUGCGUUUUUGUCAGCACUCAUCGCAUGCGCGAUAAGGAAAAGGAUAAAGAUCGAGUACGGGAGAAACACCAUGUGUUAAUACAGCGCAUACGUACCACAAGUCAAUUUUUGAGAAACAAUUGUAGUUGCCUAAGCGAGUGGAAUUGUGGCUGCUGUGCCAAUAUAAUUAAUACUAUUUUCAAUUUUAAUCAAAGUAUAUGUGCUCGUUGGACAACAAAUCAGGACUUAUUUGACAUACGCACAGAUAUAAUUUUGAAUGGUGAUACGGUUUUGACAAAUCAUUUUUCUGGUAAUGAAAUACCGCCUUUCUGUAUACCACUACCGGUGCCGCUUCCACUACCGCUUUCCGGCUGCUUGAAAUUGCAUGGCAUAAGGCAGCAUAGCGACACCAGCACACUCCAUGCAUGCAGCAAUGCCACGUUAAAUUUUCUUAGCUUUGAGUUGUUAAACUUCCAAUUAGCCUGUAUGGAUUUCAGUGUUAGAGGCAUUGAAGUCGUCGAUGACUCCAAUGAUAAUGGUGUAACAACAACAGCUAAUCCUGAAAUAUCAUUAGGAGUUGUAGAUGAAAUAAACUCCACGAAUAAUUGAAAUAAAUAAAUCUACUCUGCACAUAAGCACAUAUCAGAUACCUUCAAGUGCACAUUAUCUUAUCAUACUACUCUA